UGGGAGCCGGCCGCUAUCCGCACGGCAGCUCGGAGUCCGGGCCGGCAUGAGGACCGUCGCGGGGGGACAUCUGCGGCCGGCGUGGGUGCUGGGGACAAAGAAGCCAUGCAGUGACACCUGCUAAGACUUGGUAGCCAUGUCGGAGCCCCACAGGGUCCAGUUCACCUCUCUCCCAGGUUCUCUGAAUCCUGCACUUUUGAAGAAGUCCCGGAAAGAAGACAUUGGGGGAGCAGAGCAGCAUCAGGACUGUGAGCCAGCUGCAGCUGCUGUUCGGAUUACUCUCACACUCUUUGAACCAGAUCACAAACGCUGCCCAGAGUUCUUCUACCCAGAGCUGGUGAAGAAUAUACGAGGAAAAGUGAAAGGCCUUCAGCCUGGAGACAAGAAAAAAGAUCUCUCAGAUCCUUUUAAUGAUGAAGAAAAAGAAAGACAUAAAGUGGAGGCCCUUGCACGGAAAUUUGAAGAAAAAUAUGGUGGAAAGAAACGUAGAAAAGACCGAAUUCAGGACUUGAUUGACAUGGGGUAUGGUUAUGAUGAGUCGGAUUCCUUCAUCGAUAACUCUGAGGCGUAUGAUGAACUUGUUCCUGCUUCUUUGACUACAAAAUAUGGAGGAUUUUACAUUAAUUCGGGAACCCUACAGUUUAGACAAGCAUCAGAAUCUGAGGAUGACUUCAUUAAAGAAAAGAAGAAAAAAUCUCCAAAGAAGCGGAAAUUGAAGGAAGGUGGUGAGAAGAUAAAGAAGAAGAAAAAAGAUGACACUUAUGACAAGGAGAAGAAAUCGAAAAAGUCCAAGUUUUCCAAAGCCGGCUUUACUGCCCUCAAUGCCAGUAAGGAGAAGAAGAAGAAGAAGUAUUCUGGAGCUUUGAGUGUUAAAGAGAUGCUAAAGAAGUUUCAGAAGGAGAAAGAGGCUCAGAAAAAGAGGGAGGAGGAGCAUAAGCCUGUAACAGUCUCAUCAGUGGAAGCUCCAGGCCUUCGAGAAUUGGAGGGCCCUCCAGACCCCUUGCUGUCACUCUUUGGCUCCACUUCUGACAAUGACUUGCUCCAAGCAGCCACUGCUAUGGACUCCCUGACUGAUUUGGACCUGGAGCAGCUGCUUAGUGAGUCUCCAGAAGGAAGCCCCUUCCGAGAUAUGGAUGAUGGAAGUGAUUCCCUCGGGGUGGGAUUGGACCAAGAGUUCAGGCAGCCCUCUUCCCUGCCUGAAGGCCUGCCAGUGCCCCUGGAGAAGCGCGUUAAGGAGCUGGCUCAGGCUGCCAGAGCUGCCGAGGGAGAGAGCAGACAGAAGUUCUUCACCCAGGAUAUCAAUGGCAUCCUCCUAGACAUAGAGGUCCAAACUCGAGAGCUGAGUAGCCAGAUCCGUUCUGGGGUAUAUGCCUAUCUUGCUUCAUUCCUACCCUGCAGUAAGGAUGCUCUGGUCAAACGUGCUCGAAAACUUCAUCUCUAUGAACAGGGUGGGCGCCUGAAAGAACCUCUUCAGAAGCUCAAGGAAGCCAUUGGCAGGGCAAUGCCUGAGCAGGUGGCUAAGUACCAGGAUGAAUGCCAGGCACACACGCAAGCAAAGGUCGCUAAGAUGCUGGAAGAAGAGAAAGACAAGGAGCAGAGAGAACGGAUUUGUUCUGAUGAGGAAGAAGAUGAAGAGAAGGGAGGCAGGAGAAUAAUGGGACCCCGGAAGAAAUUCCAGUGGAAUGACGAGAUCAGGGAGUUGCUCUGUCAGGUGGUGAAGAUCAAGCUGGAGAGCCAUGAUCUGGAGAGGAACAACAAGGCCCAGGCGUGGGAAGACUGCGUGAAGGCCUUUCUGGAUGCUGAGGUCAAGCCUCUCUGGCCCAAAGGCUGGAUGCAGGCCAGAACUCUGUUUAAGGAGAGCCGGCGAGGCCAUGGACACCUGACAUCAAUCCUAGCCAAGAAGAAAGUAAUAGCCCCUUCUAAAAUCAAGGUGAAGGAAUCUUCCACUAAGCCUGAUAAAAAGGUUUCCAUCCCAUCAGGACAGAGUGGCAGCCCCAUUGCUUUGCCCUCCGAACACCAAGGCGGAAGCCUGAGCGUUGGGAGCAUGGGCAGGGAGCUCCCAUCUCAGGCAUCAGGUGGCCUCGCUAACCCUGCCUCUGUCAAACUAGAGGACUCAUUGGAUGAGGACCUGGUCCGUAAUCCAGCCUCCUCAGUGGAAGCCGUGUCCAAGGAGCUGGCUGUGCUGAAUAGCAGAGCAUCUGGGAGCUCAGAAUUCACACUGCCGACACCCUCCAAAGCCCCAGCAGAAAAAGUCACAGGUGUUUUGUGUACAGAAGAAAAAAGGAACUUUGUGAAGCCCAGCCCUUCUGCGCCACCACCCACUAGCUCUCUACAGUCACCCCUUAAUUUCCUGGCUGAACAGGCUCUAGCACUGGGGCAGUCAUCUCAGGAGAAAAAACCAGAGAGUUCUGGCUACAAAGAGCUAUCCUGCCAGGCUCCCCUUAGCAAGGGCCUGCCGGAUGUACACCAGUCCAAAGCAAAGCACCACAGCUUACCACGGACGUCUCAUGGACCACAGGCAGCAGCUCCUGUGCCUGGCCCCCAAGUCAAAGUCUUUCAUGCAGGCGCUCAGCAGCAGAAAAGCUUCACACCCCCAGCUCCAUUUGUUAAUAAGCUCCAAGGCUCAAAGGCCACUUCCCCACAGUGUCACCGUUCCCUUCUGCAGCUAAUGAAGACAGCAGCCAAAGGCCAGGCCUUCCACCCUUCUGCACCUGCCGCCUCAGGAGGCUUAGCAGCCUCCAGCAGCAGCACCCAUAAGACCACAGCCUCGUCCUCCACUUCCUUGAGCCAUCCAGCAAAACAGCAUCCACCUGGCUCUGCAGGAACGUCUUACAAGAAUAACCCUUUUGCUGGAUCUUCCUCCAAACAUGGGGCUUCUUCUGGUAGCUCUUCCUCUGGAGGAGCACCAGUGCAGAGCUCAGCAUCUGGCACCCUGCUUCCCAGUGUACAGCCCCCCUCCACAGGGCAGGCUGCCAGCCGGCCCAUUCCAAGCUCAGCAGUGAAGAAACCACCUGUUUCCCAGAAGCUAACGCUGGUGGCCCCUCCUGGUGGUCCAAAUGGAGAUUCUAGUGGUGGUACCCAGGGAGUGGCAAAGUUACUGACCUCCUCCCUGAAGCCUGCAGCUGUUAGUAGUGUGACAUCGUCUACCUCCUUGCCAAAAGGAACGGGUGGGGCUGUGCUGCUGACCAGCUCUUCUCCCUUAAACCUGCUGUCUUCGUCCUACAAGUCCAGCAGCCCCAAACUGCCUGGGGCCAUGAACUCUAACUCGCUGGGGAUCAUAGCUCCUGUCCCAUUUCCGCUCCACGUGCUCUCCUUCAGUGCAGACUCCUCUCCCAAAGCAGGGGUCUCCAAGGAUGCCAUUGUUACAGGCCCAGCCCCAGGGACCUUCCAUCACGGCCUCAGCCACAGUCUCCUGGCUGGCUUGCACUCCAGCCCACCCCAUGCAGCGCCUCUCCCACACGCUGCUGUGUCCACCCAUGUCCCGCAGAGUCUGCCAGAUGCUUCUCAGCUUCACGGGAAAGGGCCUGGUGUACCACGGAAAUUGUGAUUGCUUCAGCGGACAGCUUGAUUGACUUAGGUCUGGGUGGAAGCUGAACAUGUAGGUCUCAGAUGAUAGACAUUCACCGCACUCUUUCUGCCUACUGGUUUUCUCCUGGAGCAGGCGUGAGUUCUGAGUGGAGCACUUCUUGGCACUUCUGAUGUGCCUCCAACUGAGCAGCUUAUGUUGCUCAUGAAGCACUUAUGACCUGGUGCUCUGGGCCCUGUGGCCUUAUCACUGGACUGUUAUCAGAGGGCAGCUCUGGGCUGGGAAGAGUGCUGGGCCGUGUUGGGUGCUCCAGUGGUAGAUCAGUUGGCACAGCUGUUUUAGAUUUGCCCAGCUCCUGGCAUUUGGUCUGAGCCUUACUGACCAGGAGCUCCUUCUGGCCACUGUAAGAUCCCCGGAUGGUCACAGCACCAUCCCAUCCCCAGCCUGUGUACUCAAGAGGACAAGACCUGGGGCAGAGCCACAGGUGGGAGACCUAUCUUGUCUGCUUGCAAAAUACUAAGAACACAUGUCGUGUGCUCUUUGUGGGGGGCCGGUUUCUCCUCUGAAAAUGACAAUGAAGCUCUUAUAGAGAAAAGACUUUUAUAGAUUCAACAAUUGUGUUAGGACUUUCAAAGACACCUAUCUUGGGGCUCAGUUUUCAUCAUUACCAUUAAAUGCAUUGGAUAGAAUGGGACUGCUCUUCACACAUCACAUUAUAGGAAGACAUAAUUCCAGUGCCUUUAUGGUGGAGCAGAAUUUGACAACACAUGUCCAUUCAGCCCUGAGUGGAUCUGAGACGAAGACCUUUUUAAAAGAUAUGUCUGUAUCUAAGACAUAACCGGUUUUAUUUGAGUUUUUUAUGGCUGCACAUCAUAACCUGUGCCAUCCUGACUUGGAGGUUGUCUGGGCCCCCAAAUCCCAGGUCGCAGUUGAGUCAGGGUUCCCUUUUUGUUUUUCCAGAGUUGGUACAGGUAGAUUGCAGAGGAGCCCCCAAACCCUUCAUAUCUAAGGGCUGGGGAGGCGGGUUCCGAAGGGAUUCCAAGUCACAGGUAGACAUUCCAGUUUGUCUUGUUCUUAGAAACCCUUCUUAGGCAGAGCUGCAGGAACAGGCCUCUGUGAAGUGUCUGCUGCGCAGAACAGGUGUUGAGGUGCUGAAGCUCUCUCGGCAGUGGGGUUCAGUGUUGACUUGGGGUGGGGUUGUGCAGAGGAGCUGCAAGAGUGGAUCUGAGAUGGGUGAGGAUAGUGACUGCAGAGCUCCCAUCUCAACGCUGCUCACACUCAACCAGUGGCCAUUUCACAAGGACUGUGAAGGCCCUUACCUGGCCUGUUGUGUGUCACAGAUGAGUCUGACUGUCCAGCAAGCAACUUCAGAUGUGUUGAGAGCAAUCAGUAUCCUCAGCAUGCAUACUUGAGUAAAAAUACCUUUUGGUUCCUGACUCCCAGAGUUUUUGAUGGUCAGGAACUCACUUCCUGUGGAGGUUGGUCACUUCCCACUUUCCUGGGAGCAAGACCUCUGUCAGUCAGCUGUUCAGCCUGGCCUUUGCUCUGACUCCUUUUGUAUGUAAGAAUCAAUCUGUUUCACAUUGGGCCACACGGAUUCCUUAUCCCUUUAUUAUAUAUAUUUUUUGCAACUUGGAUUUCCAGUUUGUUUACAAAUAGUCUUAGGUAGUAGCAAAAGAGCCAAAGAAGAGAUUUGUAUAGCUGAGCUCAAAGCUGAGCUGAGGCUGUCAGUGAAGACUGAGCAGUGGGAACUCUGCAGGCUCCUCUGCCCGUGAACACCCGGGUCCCAUCCCCAGCCCCUCCCGCCUUGGUGCUCCCUCCUCCCUGUGUGCCACUGAGUGUGCAGCUGGAGCAGGAUGCCCUCAUCUUUAGGAAUCUAGUGAUGCCUCUUGCCUCAGGGAAACGUUUCUUUGAUGGGGAGUUUAUGAGACUUCUUUUUCUUUUUUAUGCUUUAUUUGUGGUAAGGAAAGAGUGAAUGACUUAAACAGCCAUGGCAAGGCAGAUCCUUGGCCCGGCUGUGUGAGGGUGGGGCA